AUGUCGUUCAAGAAGGAUAUGCGACGGCCCGACCUGGUCAUCCCCUACCAGGAGCCGGUGGCCAAGAGUGACAGCCCCGAGCUAUCGUCCACUCUGUCAUCGACCUUGCCCAUGGCAGCAAUCUUCAUGCGAAACAAGUUCAUUGGAUGGGCUGCGGUUGUCUUCAGUGUCCAGAGCUGGCUCGGCGAGAGCGAGGAGACGAGAAAGACCUCCAGCACACCCGGCUAUUUCUCCGUUGGCAUGUCUCUAAUGGCUCUUGUCGUCACCUACCUGCCCAUGUUCCUGCCUCCUCAGCCCGGCGUGCGACCGGCAACGGGGACGAACCCACCCGAGCCGGUUCCUCUUGCAUAG